GAAGCCGGGGAAAGUGUUAUGUAGUGGGUCAUCCAUGGGGUUGAGUCUCUGCUCCUGACAUUAAGCAUGAUUUUGCGGUGUACCGGUGACAGCAGGCCGCAGUGACCGUCAUGAGCUGCGCCUCUGCCGGGCUCCGCGUCUGCGCCUCUCCGUGUCUCUCUCCCGGAGAAUCCGAGGCACACUGACCCGAGAGAGAGGACGCCCCUUCGUGAUGGCUGCUCGUGUGCGCAGACUCUCUGCUGUCACUGCAGUGGUCCUGGCCUCCUCUGGCCUGUACCUCCACAAGAAACAACUGGACAUCAAUGACCUCAGUGUGGUCCGCUUUGGAAGAGCUGCAGCCACUACAUUCCUCAUCAGUUAUGACUAUCUGACAGCCUUCAAACAUGUGAAGAAUGAUACAGAGGAGUACUGGGAGCUCAAGUCAAAGGUCCAUAAGAGAUCAGCGGAGCGUCUUCGGGACCUGUGCUGUGCCAACCGUGGGACCUUUAUCAAAGUGGGGCAGCACCUGGGAGCCCUGGACUACCUGCUGCCUCCAGAGUACACCUCCACCCUGAAGAUACUGCACAGCCGCGCCCCCCAGAGCAGCAUGCAGGAGAUCAGGCAGGUCAUCAGGGAGGACCUGGGCAAAGAGUUGUCAGAGAUCUUUGUCUCCUUUGACGAGCGCCCUCAGGGAGCUGCAUCCCUGGCCCAGGUCCACAAGGCCGUGUUGCAUGAUGGGAGAACAGUGGCAGUCAAAGUGCAACACCCCAAAGUGCAGACGCAGAGCUCCAAGGACAUCCUGGUGAUGGAGGUGUUGGUGAAAGCGGUCCAUUGGCUCUUCCCAGACUUUGCCUUCAUGUGGCUGCUGGAAGAAGCUAAAAAGAACAUGCCUUUGGAGCUGGACUUUUUGAACGAGGGGAGGAAUGCAGAGAAAGUAGCCAAAAUGUUGUCUCACUUCCCCUUCCUAAAGGUGCCUAAAAUCCACUGGGAUUUGUCAACCAAGAGGAUUUUAACCAUGGACUUUGCUGAUGGAGGUCAGGUCAAUGACAAGGAGUACAUUCAGAAGCAUGGCAUCAAUGUCAAUGAGCUUUCCGAGAAUUUGGGAAAAAUCUACAGCGAAAUGAUCUUCCUUCACGGCUUCGUCCAUUGCGACCCUCACCCGGGGAACGUGCUGGUGCGAAAAUGCCCCCACAGCGGCAAAACUGAUAUCAUCCUCCUGGACCACGGCCUCUAUCAGGUCUUGCAGAAGGACUUCAGGGUGGAGUACUGUAAACUGUGGCAGGCUCUGAUCAACCGGGACCUAAAGGAGAUGGAGCAGUCGAGUCGUAGACUGGGUGCUGGGGACCUGUACCCGCUGUUUGCCUGUGUGCUCACCGGUCGCUCCUGGACCGCUGUCAACUCUGGCAUCAGCUCAGCACCCAUCACACAGUCAGAGGAUGUGGAGAUCCGCACAAACGCAGCGCGCUACCUGCCUCAGAUCAGCGAGCUGUUGAACCGGAUCCCUCGUCAGAUGCUACUGCUGCUGAAGACCAACGACCUGCUGAGAGGCAUCGAGAGCUCCUUACAGACCAGAGCCUCCUCCUCCUCCUUCAUCUACAUGUCCCGCUGCUGUGUGCGCGCCCUGGCCAGGCACAAGAGGAGUAAGUGCAGGUCUCGUCUGAAGCGCCUGCACCUGUCUGUGUGUGAACAGGUGACUCUGUGGAAGCUCACCGUGUACCAGGUGUGUGUGUGGCUCCGCUCUUGUGUCCUGGGACAGUGGCUCUCUGCUCUGUUUGGACUUGUGCACACAACACACACAUGAUGGACCAGAAAUCUCAUUAUUCCCAUCCCCGCCGCAGAUUUUAAUAUAUUGUCAUUUUGUUUAUUUAAUAUUUGUUACAAAAAAUGUGAUCAAUGGUUCUCAGCGGUGCAUGCAUACAUUUUUUGUUUCCCACAAUGAUGGAUCAAAAAUGACGCACUGACUUUAACUUCAUCAGGAACUGUUUUGUGGACAUUUCUAUGGAGAUCUACCUCAAGGAAAAAGCUUUGUGAUAGAGGUGACCCCAGUGUCAUUUCCUGUCCCAUACUUUCAACUCCACACUGCGGACAUUUUAAUAUUCACUGUCAGUUCAUACAUUCAUUUGAUUUGUUACUAAUGUUUUGUGCAAUACUAAGGAACAAUGUCAGUAACACAGAAGAGCAGAGUAACUUUUAUCUUUUAGUUUUUAAUGAUAUUAUGACAGUGUUCCCUCCCUGAUCAUUAGCUUAUUCAGAGUUGUAUUUCUACUGAUUAUUGCAUAUUUGAGCAGUCCUGCAUUGUCAUGCACUCAAGGCUUGAGUGCUCAGAAAAUUUUUGUUUUCAAGGUUAAAAAAUACCAAGUAGACAUUUUUCAAGAAUGCCAACACGUAAAUGACAAUCUGAUGCUUGGUAAUACAUUAAAAUGGCACUGUGACGAGACAACGGCCUAUCAGCUCUGCAGUUUUUUAAUGGAAGUCAGUGGACCAGAUUCUACUAUUAAUCUGUUUGAAACCAAUAAUGCUGUUUACAAUGAACAAAAUCUAAAAAGCACAAUAUGUCUUCUUUAAAUAAAGGUGGUACUUGAUGUCAAAAUUAUAGUUUUGGGGGGGAGGGGUUUUGUUUACUUUCAAUCGUUCAGAUAUGUGCUAAAACACGCCUGUAACUCUGCUUGAGUAUCACAGCUUUUUUUAUACUUUCUAUCAGCUUAAAUACUUCUUAAAUACUGACUUGGUUGGACAUGAAAGCUGUAGUGUGAAAUGGGUUGAAAGAGGGUAGAGACAUUCAAAAAAUAGUCAUGGAGCCACAACAUCAGAAUAGUAAUGACCAUAUGCUUGCAACGCCUUAAACCACUACACCACCAACAUAGUUAAGUGUGUUUUUUUCUCUCUCUAUUUGUUACAUUUUGAUCUCUCUGACUCGUAGUGGCCUUUAUGCCCCUCCCUCCACAUCCCUGCCGCAGUGGUCUGGUGAGUGAGUGAGGAGAUGACCAGUGCAGGGCUGGAGGUACAGAGGGCUUGAGUUGAUUGCAGAUGGUGAUUAGGUGAGGAGCAGGUGGGAUGUGAAGCAGUACACGUCAUCAGACACUGACCGCCCCACCUGCCUCCACCACUCUACUGUAAUCAACAAUAGAAAGGCAACAGUGUCUAUAAAACUCCUAAAACAGUCAUAAAAAGGAUAGUGUUUUGUAAGAAUGGUGAAUGGAGAAAGAGAAUAAGAUCACAUGUAAUGGAAAAUCAUGCUUGUUAACACUGUUGUAUGAGAACAUGUUUAAAAAUUCUGACAAAUACGAAAAGGUGUAAGUGAUGAUCAGUCUGUAAUAAAAUACCUUCUGUUACCUGUAUUGUCACAUUUUGAAGACAUGUAAAAUAAUAAAUAUGACUUAAUGCUCUUUA